AUGCAUACCUUUUCGAAAAUUUGUGGAACAUUGUCAGCACCUGUCAAGCGCCCAGCAAUCUUAUUCCACUUCCAAAGAUAUACAAUGGCUACUAGUGCAGUACAAAAAUUCCGCCCCGUAGUAGUGUCGGGUCCCUCUGGAACUGGCAAAUCAACCCUACUCAAGAGGCUUUUCGCCGAGUAUCCCGACACCUUCGGAUUCUCUGUUUCUCACACGACUAGAGCCCCUCGGCCUGGCGAGCAACAUGGCCGUGAGUACUAUUUCACGACAAAGGAGGACUUCCUCGACCUAGUGAGCAAAAAUGGCUUUAUCGAGCAUGCCCAGUUUGGCGGCAACUAUUACGGGACAAGUGUGCAGGCCGUGAAGGAUAUCGCGGCAAAAGAAAGGAUCUGUAUCCUAGACAUCGAAAUGGAGGGGGUGAAGCAAGUGAAGAAAACCGAUUUAAACGCGAGAUUCUUAUUUCUUGCGCCGCCAUCUGUCGACGAGCUAGAGAGGAGAUUGCGUAGCCGCGGCACCGAGACAGAAGAGAGCUUGCAAAAACGGUUGACGCAGGCGAAGAACGAGCUUGAGUAUGCAAAGCAACCUGGCGCGCACGAUAAGAUAAUCGUCAACGAUGACUUGGAGUCCGCGUACACGGAAUUGAAGGACUAUAUUGUUGAUGGUGGGAAUUUUGGAUCCGAGGCAUAGACGGCGUUGAACUCUUCAAGACACAACAUCAUCGUCACGCUUUUUGUACAAUACCUUUCAAUGCAUGUGCCAGAACCAGCUACCAUGUAUUGAAAGCGCUAAAUGAGACAUUCAAGGAUAUAUUUCUUUUAAACCUGAAUAUUAAGGAAAUUAAGUACAUGAAAUGACGAGAUCGACGCUGAUGCUCGCAUGCUAGUUCUCUUUUCGGGACGCACAAAACGAAAUAGUAGGAAAUUGAGGUAAACCCAGUCAUUCUCCCUUGUAAUGGGAAGAGGAUAACAAUAAUUAUAACGAAAAAACAACAACCUAGAGUUAAAAAGGGAUAUCUGUAAGAGCAUGCUGAUAAGGAAGUGGGUGGUAAUACGGAGUCCGGAGGUAGAGUAUAGAACGAAGCAAAUAUUCGCGAGAGCUAAAGUCUUGAGUCGUUCGCCUGCGGAGAGUAGCUGGCCCUAGAAGACUAAGCUUUAUUUUAAACGGGUUAUUACUCCUCGCCCAGCUAGUAGCCGUUCAUCGUGACACGCUGCGAGUUGCGGCUUAGUUCCCUGUCAGCGGAGGGACUAAUCGGCCGGCUGCCGCUAGUGUGACCGCCCGCAGCGCUGCUCUCCUUCAAUGCCAGAAGCUGCUUGGCACGGAAGGUCUCGUAAUGGAUCUGGCUUGUCGUUUCGAUAAGAUCUUGAAGAUGG